GGGCGGAAGUGACGUCGGGGGGCGCGGCGUGCGGCGGCGGUGCCGCGGUCGGUACCGGGAGCGGCGGAGAUGGCGGAGGAGGGCAAGGGGGGGUACAGCGAGCACGAUGACCGCGUGGGCGGCAGAGGCUUCUCGGGCCGCAGGAAGAAAGGCCGAGGCCCGUUCCGGGGGAAGAUGUACAGCGAGGUGAACCACCGCUCCCGCAACCGGGGCGGCCCCGGGCUCCGGGCGCGGCUGGACGAGGACGACGGCGACGUCCCCAUGAGCGAGGCCCACGACGGGCCCCGGAACCGAUACUUGCCCUACGGGCCCAGGCCCAACCGCACGGCCAACAUCCACAUCACGGUGCGGCGCGACCUCCCCGCCCCGGAGCGCGGCGGUGGCGGUGGGAGCCGAGACAGCGGCCGUAGGAACUGGUUCAAGAUCACCAUCCCGUACGGGAAGAAGUAUGACAAGACGUGGCUGCUGAGCUCCAUCCAGAACCUCUGCAGCGUUCCCUUCACUCCUGUUGAGUUCCACUACGACCACAACCGAGCCCAGUUCUACGUGGAGGAUGCCACCACCGCCAGCGCGCUCAAGCAGGUCUCUCGCAAGAUCACGGACAGGGACAACUACAAGGUGGUGAUAAUUAUCAACUCAUCGGCUCCGCCUCAGUCCCUGCAGAACGAACUGAAGCCGGAGGAGACUGAGCAGCUGAAGCUCUGCAUGAGUAAAAGGUACGAUGGCUCACAGCGGGCGUUGGACCUCAAGAGCCUCCGUGUCGAUCCAGACUUGGUGUCACAGAGCAUCGAUGUGGUGCUGAACCAACGGAGCUGCAUGCUGGUUGUGCUGCGCAUCAUCGAGGAAAACAUCCCCGAGCUGCAGUCUCUGAACCUGAGCAGCAACAAGCUCUACCGCCUUGACGACCUGUCCGAGCUGGCGCAGAAAGCCGCCGGCCUCAAAAUCCUCGACCUUUCUCGCAACGAGCUGAAGUCGGAACGGGAGCUGGACAAAGUGAAGGGGCUCAAGCUGGAAGAGCUUUGGCUGGAUGGCAACCCGCUGUGCGACACUUUCCGGGACCAGUCUACUUACGUCAGCUCCGUCAGAGAGCGCUUCCCGAAGCUGCUGCGCCUGGACGGCCACGAGCUCCCGCCACCCAUCGCGUUUGAUGUGGAGGCACCCACGACGCUGCCCCCAUGCAAGGGCAGCUACUUCGGCUCCGAUGACCUGAAGGCGCUGGUGCUGCGGUUCUUACAGCAGUACUACUCCAUCUAUGACUCAAGUGACAGGCAGGGGCUGCUCGAUGCCUACCACGAUGGCGCCUGCUGCUCACUCAGCAUCCCCUUCGGGCCCCAAAACCCCCCAAGGAACAGCCUGAACGAGUACUUCAAGGACAGCAGGAACGUGAAGAAGCUGAAGGACCCCAGUAAGCCCCUGCUGCGCCCCCACCCUGUGUUGGACCACCCCAGGCCCACGUGGGGGGGGGCUCAGCACUCUUCUCACCCCCCAGCCAUGCGCUUCAAGCUGCUCAAGCACACGCGCCUCAAUGUGGUGGCCUUCCUCAAUGAGCUCCCCAAGACCCAGCACGACAUCAACUCCUUCGUGGUGGAUGUCUGCGCCCAGACGAACACGCUGCUGUGCUUUGCCGUCCACGGGAUCUUCAAGGAAGUGGACGGCAAAUCCCGAGACUCGGUGCGUGCCUUCACCCGCAUGUUCAUCGCUGUGCCGGCUGGCAACACCGGCCUCUGCAUCGUCAACGACGAGCUCUUUGUUCGCAACGCCACCACAGAGGAGAUCCGCAAAGCCUUUGUCAUGCCGGCACCCACCCCUUCCUCCAGCCCCGUCCCCACGCUCUCUGCAGAGCAGCAGGAGAUGCUGGCAGCCUUUUCCAUGCAGUCAGGCAUGAACCUCGAGUGGUCCCAGAAGUGCCUGCAGGACAAUGACUGGGACUACGGCCGGGCUGGGCAGGUCUUCACUCAGCUGAAGCUGGAAGGCAAAAUCCCCGAGGUGGCGUUUCUCAAGUGAGCGGUGCCCCCUCGGCUCCUGCUGUUUUGUUCGCGGUGUUUUAUUCCCCCUCUCCCCCUUCUUCUCUCCGUUUUUGUAAAUAAAUAAAUAAAUUCGUUUAAAUGCUGGA